AUGGGGGCGGAGCCAGCGACUCCGCAGCCAAUCCGGGCGGCGGCGCGUCCCGGGGGCCGCGGCUCGCCCGGCGCGCAGGGGGCGGGGCUCCGCUUGACAGUGGCGGUCGCCGGGCUGCUGAGCCGGGGCGCAGCGAGCACAGCGCGGCGCAGGGAGCUCGAGCGGCGCAGGCGGCGGCGGCGGCGGCGGGUCCCAGCCCGCUCCGGCUCUUGGCGCAGCGGAGUAGCCUCCCGCGGCGGCGGCGGCGGCGGCGGCGGCGGCGGCAGCGGCGGCGUUCGGGCGAUGCUGCGGGUCUCCUUGGGUGUCGGUGUCCUGACCUCUUCCUAA